AGGCAUGCACAUACCUCCCCGUUAAGAAGCUUGGACAAUUUGAACUAUGGAGGAAACCUAAGAAGUUAAGCUUGAGAAAAAGAAACCUGGCAGGGAAAAAUUAGAUUAUCUCUAAAAAUGAACAGAUAUGAUGAUAUAAUAGAACAGGAAUUUCAAAGAUGGGACUUAGAAGAGUCAAAGCUAAAUUCUGUGAGGAGCCUUUGUGAGUGAAUUCUAGGACUAAACAGCAAGUUCUCCCUAAGGAUAGCUAGGGGAACUUUUAACAGGACAGGAUUUAUAGGUGGAGAUGCUUUCUUCACAUUUCAAACACUGAUACAGUAGCUUUGGAAGGUAUGGCUGGGAAGGACAUGAUGGCAAGGAAACCAGUAGCCUCAUUGUAAGGUGAUUGCACAUGCUAAACAUGUUAAUGAACACAUUCUGAAAUGUGAUUAACAGUAGUGUUACUGUCAUAUCCUGACCAAUAUUUGGAAUUUCAAGUACAGUAAAACUGCAUUAUUAAAACAGAAGAAUCAGAAACUGCAGCUUAGUUUGUGGGUACUAGAAUAUGAUAAAAAACGCUAAGAAAAUAUUUUGCUUAUUUCAGUUCUUUACCAGCAGAUUUUAAAAACUAAAGAAAGAUGUCUUUCUUCCCCAAAAUCUCUUUCCAAUGUGAAGUUGAAGAGUAUCUCACCAAAGUGUUCAGAAAUAAUGAGCUUAUCACUGCUUUAGGCACACAGGAGGCAGAGAGUAAAUAUCAAUCUCUGUUAAGUCGUCUAUCCCAUCCACCAGGUUUCACAACUGUUAGAGUGAAUACCCACUUGAUCUCAGUGAAACACGUGAAAAAAUUGCUGUUUGAAGAGAUCCAGAAGCAAUUUAAAGGACUAUGCGUUCCAGUUCUUGAGCACCCGAAACUCCAGGACAUCUUAUUAAUUCCUGUCAUUGGACCCAGGCGAGAUUUAAAAAAACAUGCAUCUGAAGUCAUUGUUGGACCCCACUGUGGAUAUGCAGUACUUCGAGGAGCACAUGUUUAUGUUCCUGGAAUCAUAUCUACCUCAAGAUUUAUGAAAGCUGGAGAUCUGGUCUCAGUGUAUUCAGAUAUUGAAGGGAAAUGUAAAAGAGGAGCCAAAGAAUUUGAAGGAGUCAAAGUUUUCCUUGGAAAUGGGAUUUCAGAACUGAGUCGCAGUGAAAUCUUUAGUUCAAGUGGCCCAUUGAAUGGAAUGGGCAUAAGAAUGAUAGAGCCAGUCUACCUUAGUCCUUCGUUUGACAAUGUGCUCCCUAGUCAUUUGUUUUUACAGAACUUGCCUUCUGUGGUUGUGAGCCAUGUUUUAAACCCUCAACCAGGAGAGAGAAUUCUGGAUAUGUGUGCUGCACCUGGAGGAAAAACAACCCACCUUGCAACACUAAUGCAUGACCAGGGUGAAGUAAUAGCCAUGGACAAGAUAGCUAACAAGGUCAAAAAAAUUAAGCAGAAUGCCGAAUUGCUACAGCUGAAUUGCAUCAAGGCCUUUUGCUAUGAUGGAACAAAGGCACUUUCAGUUGAGAAGAGAGAGAAUGAACAAGAAGGACCUCCAUUCUUACCAGAGUCAUUUGAUCGGAUUCUUCUUGAUGCUCCAUGUAGUGGGAUGGGACAGAGACCAAACAUGGCUUAUUCCUCGACUUUAAAGGAAGUGACCUCUUAUCAGCCACUACAGCGGAAGCUUUUCACUGUGGCAGUGAAAUUGCUGAAGUUAGGAGGUAUUUUGGUAUACAGUACAUGUACAAUUACACUCUCUGAAAAUGAGGAACAAGUUGCUUGGGCUCUGAAAUCUUUUCCAUGCCUCCAGCUUCAGCCACAGGAACCUCACAUUGGAGGAGAAGGCAUGAGGGGAGCUGGACUGUCGCUUGAUCAGUUGAAGCUGCUGCAGAGAUUUGAUCCUUCUGCUGUGACAUUGCAAGGAAUGGAUAUUAAUUCUUUGCAAGAUUCCAGGGAAGAUGAUCUGAUUUCACUGGCAAAUAAGGACUGUAUAGGAUUUUUCAUUGCAAAAUUUAUUAAAUCGACCAGUAAGUAAGCAUUUAGGAAUGCAACCUGAAAAAAUACCUCUGUGAAUCUAAGAACAGUCGAGAUGUGAAGUGUGUUUCUUACUGCUGCGAUGUUGCCAAGCCAACGGGGUGACGGCAUGGUUUCUAUGGCAGCAAUAAAAUCUGCCAGCUGUUCUGCUGGGGAAGAGCCACAGGUUGCAGAAAGAAAGUCAUGGUUGGGGGAAGGGUAGUAUCAUUUCUGAGUCUCCAUUUGCUUUUGUAUUUACAACAGGUCAGUGCACGAACAACAGGCAUGUUCACUGGCUGGCUGUUCUAUCUUUCCCCAUGCGAGUCGCUUAUCUAGUGCAGCAAGCGCAGGAACAGGGUUUCUCUGGGAGGGGAAGCAAGCUACUUUAUGAAAUGCAAAGAUAAAGAAAAUAGGUAGGACCUAUUACCGUGAAUUUUGGGGAAGGUCGUUUCUAUGGAUGCUCACCACCACUUAAUGCUUCAUUAAAUAGUGCUUCACAAAACACUGUAACAUUUUACAAAGAAGUGUUUUAUAAAUUGAUACUUAGAACCUCAUUUCUCUUUUAUUUUAAUACAAGCAAGAUUCUCUGUACACAUAGUAUAUACACAAAAUACGAUUAGGCUUUUUAGCAUGUCUUUUAUAGCAGCAUGAAUAUAUUAAACCAUCUCACUCUGGGAAUGUAAAUAAAUAUUGUUUCAACAUCAAACUUCCCAUGCAUAAACUGUAUUGGUUCUGAAAGAGCCUAUUGGACUGGCUGACAAGUGACAAUUUAAAAAUCAAACAUUUGCAACAGAAGGGGCUACAGUUGUGAUUAAUAUAUCAAAAAACAGAAAACAAUGCAUAAUACCAUCUGAAAUGUUGCAAAUCACCUUUCAAACAACUAAGAAUAUUAACUCUUUAUUGGUUAGAAAGCAUCACCAGCUAAAAUCAUAUGAAAGUUGAAACUGGGGAAGCAUGCUAAUGAGAACUGCCUUACUGCACUGCUCAGAGUUUUAAUAAUCUAAAUUUCUUAAAGGUGUUAGAUGUCUUUGUAAAGUCUGCUUCAGUUCCAGAGAUGUUCUCCCUUUGAAUGAUAUUCUCUGUUCUCAGUACUGCUGGAACUGACAAUAGCACUAAAAUUAGAGGGAAAGGUAAAUACAAUUCAAAAAUGUAAACUGACAUGUAUGUGUGUUUGGGGUUUUCUUUUUCUCUCACUCAUCAAUUUCCAGUUUUUUAAAAGCAUUAUCUGAAAAAUGUCUGUCUUUUCACACAUCACUAUUUGGUUGGAUUAAAAAGAGAGAUACUUUUUUUAUAAUUUGUCUUUAUACUGUCAGAAGUGCUUUUGCAUUUGCUCACAAGCAAAACAACUUAUACAAUUCUGUUUCUCAGUAGUCUGGUUGUUUGCUUAUAUUUGUUAUAGAGGUUUUGAUACCGUAUGUUUUGUACUGUCCUUAAAUAAAACAAAUAUCCCUGCUUCUGUUCUGCCAGGAUUGACUGGUACAUCCUCUGUAAGGCCCAUCGUAGCCGGAUAGGAGGAUGGAAUUCUUGUCUACUACUUCUCUACUUUUGUUGGUCACUCCUUGCCAUUAACCAUGACACGUCUAAACAAGAUUUAAAGUCGUUUUGUUUCCUCAGUAGUAGGCAAGAUAUCCUAUUUAGAAUCAUAAAAGCUCAUUCUAUAAAUUACUGUCCUUUUACUCUAAAUAUGGCUAAAAUAAUUACUUGGUAACAAAAGGGAUUAGUCUUUUAUUGUAAGUACAUGUUGAAAUCUUUAACUCAGUGCUAGUAAAAAAGCGUUUUAUUUUUGCAGAGUAUAUAAAUUCUGUAAACAUUAAUCAGCACACAGACUAUAUACUGAAAUUUGUGUACGCAUAUAAAGUACGGAACUUUGCCUCCAGUUUCAGUAGCAGGAUUUGUGCAAUGAUGAAUUUGAAAGAAUUAAGGUUGCUGAAUUUUUAGUGGAAGAUUUGCUGAGACUUUCCCAGAUGUCUUUGGUUUUGAUAACGAGGCUUUUCAAGAAGGUCAUCUCGCUUGGUUUUAUAUGUGAAAUUUCUUUGUGGGGGGGGAAGAAAACCUGACUUGUAUUUGAUUCCAGUGUAACUAACUAACUGCAGACCAGACUUCACCCGAAAAAAGUUACUGAUAUCUGAACUUUAACUACUGCUAUCUGAACUUUAACUACUAGAGCUGUUUCUGCAAAAGUCAACUGCUAGACUUAAAAGAACACUUAGGAUAUUAAAGGGAUAAACCUCAGCUCUUUCCCCUAGGUCCCUCUCUCUGUUGGUAACUGGGGAGCAGGAGAGGGGAGAAACUUCUUCAUCAGGCAGUUCAGAACAGAAACUGAAUUAAGGUGCU